AUGGGAGCGAACAAGAUCUGGGAUGAAAGGGUCGGCAACAAAACUAGAAAGAACAUGGUGGCGAUGCUUAAUGCUAAGAAUGAUGAAAACUGCGACACCUAUGACAGAGGCUUUAUCAUGGAGUCGAAACUGUCGAAGAGUCCGCCCCAUCCGUACAUGAAAAUGAAUCCCUGGGCUUUCUCGGCUUGCAGUAUCGAUGCCAUGUGUGCUUUCUACGACCAAUAUUCGAGUUGUUUUGACCAAGAUGGCUUCACCCAAGCCGAAUGGGAGAGUUUCGAGAACACUAUACAGCCAGGGGACUAUUACACGAAGGACGAGCAAUGCAAGUUUGCUUUUGGAGUCGGAAGUGUAUUCUGUGGGGACGAGGACUACCCGGAGCACAUGUGUACAGAAGGCAUCAAAUGCACGUACUUUGACAACACCUGCACGUGCUCAGUCCGUGUGUACGAGUACACUCCUUGUGGUGAUCAAAACGAGGUAGCUAUAGAAAUGCUCUUCUCAUUCCUAGUCAAUGAAGCAUAUAUCCGUCGUAUCGGAGUUUUACAUAGAGCACCGAAAACUAACCAGGACAUCGCAACCAGGUUGACUACUGAGAGGGAAACUCGUAAGGAACAGGGCAAAUGGUUGCCAGAGGGGGAGGUUGGAAGGAACUGGGAAAAUUGGUUCACUGAUGGAGAGGCUGCAAGGAACGGGUGCGAGAAGGUUUGCCUGAAGGGGAAGUGUAAGAACCCAGAUGCUGGAACUACUGGUGAAGUUUGCGAUGAGUACCGAUGUGACGACCCGAACGCUGUGUGUAUAAACGGAACGUGUGUUUGCCGGGAAGGCUAUUACAGGAAUGGCACCGUCUGUAUACCAGACAUUACAACCGGAAAUGGUCCCUGCAGCGACAGCAGCCAAUGCGCAGACCCGAAUGCGGAAUGCACAGGAACGCCGUCGGAGUGUCGUUGUAAAACGGGAUUCGGGCUGCGAAACGGAAAGUGUGAACCACUAAGUUGCCUCGGUGACGAUUGUGUCAAUGUCAACGAAUGCAGGGGAAGUGAGCCGAGUGUUAAAUGCAUUAACAACACGUGCACGUGUGCCGAAGGCUAUGACGCGAACAAGUUUGGGGAGUGUAUCUUACAAGGUUGCCUCGGUGACAGUUGUAACAAUGUCAACGAAUGCAGGGGAAGUGAGCCGAGUGUUCAAUGCAUUAACAACACGUGCACUUGUGCCGAAGGCUAUGACGCGAACAAGUUUGGGGAGUGUAUCUUACAAGGUUGCCUCGGUGACAGUUGUAACAAUGUCAACGAAUGCAGGGGAAGUGAGCCGAGUGUUCAAUGCAUGAACAACACGUGCACUUGUGCCGAAGGCUAUGACGGAAACGAGUUUGGGGAGUGUAUCUUACAAGGUUGCCUCGGUGACAGUUGUAACAAUGUCAACGAAUGCAGGGGAAGUGAGCCGAGUGUUCAAUGCAUUAACAACACGUGCACUUGUGCCGAAGGCUAUGACGCGAACAAGUUUGGGGAGUGUAUCUUACAAGGUUGCCUCGGUGACAGUUGUAACAAUGUCAACGAAUGCAGGGGAAGUGAGCCGAGUGUUCAAUGCAUGAACAACACGUGCACUUGUGCCGAAGGCUAUGACGGAAACGAGUUUGGGGAGUGUAUCUUACAAGGUUGCCUCGGUGACAGUUGUAACAAUGUCAACGAAUGCAGGGGAAGUGAGCCGAGUGUUCAAUGCAUGAACAACACGUGCACUUGUGCCGAAGGUUAUGACGGAAACGAGUUUGGGGAGUGUAUCUUACAAGGUUGCCUCGGUGACAGUUGUAACAAUGUCAACGAAUGCAGGGGAAGUGAGCCGAGUGUUCAAUGCAUGAACAACACGUGCACUUGUGCCGAAGGCUAUGACGGAAACGAGUUUGGGGAGUGUAUCUUACAAGGUUGCCUCGGUGACAGUUGUAACAAUGUCAACGAAUGCAGGGGAAGUGAGCCGAGUGUUCAAUGCAUUAACAACACGUGCACGUGUGCCGAAGGCUAUGACGCGAACAAGUUUGGGGAGUGUAUCUUACAAGGUUGCCUCGGUGACAGUUGUAACAAUGUCAACGAAUGCAGGGGAAGUGAGCCGAGUGUUCAAUGCAUUAACAACACGUGCACUUGUGCCGAAGGCUAUGACGCGAACAAGUUUGGGGAGUGUAUCUUACAAGGUUGCCUCGGUGACAGUUGUAACAAUGUCAACGAAUGCAGGGGAAGUGAGCCGAGUGUUCAAUGCAUUAACAACACGUGCACUUGUGCCGAAGGCUAUGACGCGAACAAGUUUGGGGAGUGUAUCUUACAAGGUUGCCUCGGUGACAGUUGUAACAAUGUCAACGAAUGCAGGGGAAGUGAGCCGAGUGUUCAAUGCAUUAACAACACGUGCACGUGUGCCGAAGGCUAUGACGCGAACAAGUUUGGGGAGUGUAUCUUACAAGGUUGCCUCGGUGACAGUUGUAACAAUGUCAACGAAUGCAGGGGAAGUGAGCCGAGUGUUCAAUGCAUUAACAACACGUGCACGUGUGCCGAAGGCUAUGACGCGAACAAGUUUGGGGAGUGUAUCUUACAAGGUUGCCUCGGUGACAGUUGUAACAAUGUCAACGAAUGCAGGGGAAGUGAGCCGAGUGUUCAAUGCAUUAACAACACGUGCACGUGUGCCGAAGGCUAUGACACGAACAAGUUUGGGGAGUGUAUCUUACAAGGUUGCCUCGGUGACAGUUGUAACAAUGUCAACGAAUGCAGGGGAAGUGAGCCGAGUGUUCAAUGCAUGAACAACACGUGCACUUGUGCCGAAGGCUAUGACGGAAACGAGUUUGGGGAAUGUAUCUUACAAGGUUGCCUCGGUGACAGUUGUAACAAUGUCAACGAAUGCAGGGGAAGUGAGCCGAGUGUUCAAUGCAUUAACAACACGUGCACGUGUGCCGAAGGCUAUGACGCGAACAAGUUUGGGGAGUGUAUCUUACGCAAAGACCUAUGCGAAUCGUGUACCGAUGAUUCUGAUUGCACCGUGCCGAACUCAGAAUGUGUUGAUAGCGAAUGUACGUGUAAAGAUGAUUAUUAUGUGGACGACUGUGGUCAGUGCUUGCAAGUGGUUGGUUAUGAUGAUAACUGCACCUGUGACGACGAGUGUGGUGAUGACAACACGGUAUGUGACGACGGCACGUGCGCAUGCGCAGAAAAUUACCACAGGCAAGGAGGUGCCUGCGUUCAAGAUAUUAAUAACGGUGGCGACUGUUCGAAUGGCGGUGUUUGCGCGGACCAGAACGCGGAAUGUGUGGAAGACGCCUGUGUGUGUCGACCUGGCUACGAGUUGAGCGACGACACACCACCAGUCUGUGAGCCCAAUGGCGUAGAUGAACCGAACGACACGUGCUCGGACUGCUGUGUGGCCCCACUCACCUGCCAGGCAAACAAGUGUCAAUGUCCAUCAAAUACGGAAUAUGACGGCAGCACAUGUGUCGGCAGCGGUCCGAUCACUUGCCCGAGUCCGCUGACUUUAGACGACUACGACGUGUGUGUCUGUCCAGGAACUAAGAUCUACGUAUUGAUUCCAGGAGAAGACGGCAACUGCUGCUAUUACAACCCGCAAGGUUGCGACUUCUGCGGAGGAAACUGUGUGGCAAGGUUAGGUGCCGAUGCAAUCUGUACCACAAACGGCGAUUGCGAUGAUCCCUGCACGCCGCCGUACAUGUGUCGGGAAGGAAUGUGUAAGGGCGGAGUUGAGCUUGGCGGUCAGUGCAAUAACGCGAACGACUGUGCGGAGUGGCCCAGGACCAAAUGCGACUUCAACUCAACCAUGCACCCUAAACAGAAGAUCUGCUCGUGCAAUGAAGGUCAGGAUUGGGUAGAUAUAGCAAUGUUUUGCUUCUGCGACCCCUUCGAGGAGAAAAAUAACCCCGCCUGUGACUGA